CGUUCCCUCUGCGGGAGAGCUCGGUCCUCAGUGUCCUCUACGCCUUUUUGCUCUAAUAUAUCCACGGCUGGACUGCAGGCCACACCUUUUAUCCUUCGCUGCACGUAGGUGCCCAGCAACAUCCCUCUCGUCGAGUCCUAGCCAAUAGACACCCUCGGUCACCCCAGUACUACCGUCUCGUUCUUAUAAUCCUGUAUAUUCUCCUUGAUUCUGCCUAGCUAUGGCAACAUCACAUUCGUUAUCGUCGCCAACAUCGCACAGGACUGUUGCUCAGCUUCCGUUCUCUCCUUCCAACAAUGCGCCGCGACUUCCUGGCAUCAACACCGGCGUAUCCGCGUCUGCGACACCGUCGGGCAACUCACCUACAGCUACUUCGCCAACAAGAUGGACGGCCCACGACCGCACAGGCUCCGUUGUCUCAUCGCGGCCUCGUGCGCAGACCAACAUGAGCCAUGUCGCGAGCGAGUUGCCCUUCGUACCCUCUGCCUCAAUGCCAAUAAUUCAGCCGCGUCCGACCACAGGGACCACGCACGGUACCACGCACGUCGGCGGCAUAUUGCCAUCAGCUUCCUUCUUCCACCCCUCGCGCCCAAACCAUGUCCCUCUGUCAGUCACACCACCUCUCCCUCGUCCCUCCACGGUGGGCUCGUUAGCGUCCAUAGGCGGCUCGACCGUCGACGCGGUGCGUCUAUCUCAGCUUGGAGGCUCUCAACAUCGCGACAGGACCUCGGAAGGGUCGGGCAGCGCCGACCAUUCGAUAGAAGAUGCAAAAGCUCCGACAAUAGCACCGUCCCUCUCGUCCAACAAAUUCAGUCGUGAGCCCCUUCUUCCGAUCAGUGGUGCCCCCAAACCGAACGGAGCGACUCGCCCGACCAUCGUCACUCAAACGAAUCCGUACGGCCGCAGCGACUCCAACCUCAGCGCGGGAGCUCGCAUGCGUGGCAGCUUCGAGAAGUUGUUCAAGCGACCGUUCAGCUUCGACCGGUCACCGACGACGCCUAACAACAACCCUGGUCCAAGCAGCGCGUUCAAUCACUUCCAGACAGGGUCUACUCAGGUCUCGCCCAUAACAUUCGAGUUGGGCGCGAACGGAGCUGGCGUCGAGGGCUCCCCCACCUCGCCCGGACAUCGAAAACACAGCCUGUCUCCUCUGCAGGGAUCCACUACGUCGAUCAACCACGCUUCGUUUAUCCCCUCUCCUCCACACAUGGACCCACCACUGUGCGAGACGCCGAUUUUGGAUGAGAAGACGGGGAAACCCAUGCGGAGGUAUCAACUCCACCCUUCGAGGAAUCGGUUCCUUCUCGGUGGCCGGAUUCUGACGGGAGGAGACUCGCCGUGGGCGUUCAUCGGGGCGCUGACGCUGGUCCUCACCAUCGCGGGCGUGUACUUUGGGACAACGUGCGUGUGGUGGUGGAAUAACGAGAGUCCUGCGGUCGCGGCGGUGGGUGCGUACAUGUGCUUGCUGACCAUCUCGAGCAUGUUCGCGACGGCAUUCCGAGAUCCUGGAAUCCUCCCGAGGAAUCUGGAUCCAGAACCACCGUAUCCGGCAUCGUCGUCCUCGGACGGUAGCCUUCGCCAGCCACUCCCGCGCGAUCUCAAGGUGCGGGCAGGGAUUGUCCGGACGAAGUAUUGUCCCACGUGCAUGACUUAUCGCCCGCCACGCUCAAGUCACUGUAAGAUGUGCGACAACUGUGUGGACGGAUGCGAUCAUCAUUGUCAAUGGGUGAACAACUGUGUUGGGAGGCGGAACUAUACCGUCUUCUUCACGUUUCUGUUUUCGGGAGUGAUGACUUUGGUUCUCGUGAUCACUACGACUGCUCUGCACUUGUAUCUGGUCGCGCAUAAGUUCCACCUCGGCUUCCGACAUGCGAUCGCCACGUCCCAGGGCAUCGGUAGUGCAAUAGCGUUCAGCUUGGCGAUACUGGUCAUCUGGCCUGUCAUGGCGCUGCUCUCAUACCACCUCCGGCUGCUGCUGCUGAACGUCACGACGAUCGAGCAGAUCCGCAACCAAGCCCACAAGACGCUCCUGCCAGAAGGGCCGGCACCCCCGAAUCCGUUCUCCCACGGGAGCUGGCGCAAGAACUUGGUGUACAUGCUCUGUCGGCCGACGGGGUACUCGUGGCUCGACGCGCGCGCCGUCGCGACCGAGGACAAGCGCGAAGUGAACCCCGGCCUGUUGCACGAGCACGACGGCUGGCCGGGGGACGUCGAGCACGGGCCUGGGAGAGGCAAGGGCGAGUGAGAUGCAUAUGCUGAUGGCGGCGAGCGGAGACGCGGCGUCGGGCUGGACUGUGAUUAUAUUUGCUGCUCUGCGGAGGCCGAUGAUACAUAGUUGGGUUUCGGGGUCUACGCCUACGUACGCUGGUUGCGGGCAUCCUGGGCGCGUUUGCGCGUGCGUUGUAUUCUGUCGCAUGUCGGACAAGUACCGAGUUGGGGCCAUCCAGGUUCGAGUUGAAUUCUAGUGCAUAAAUUAUACGGUUGGUGAUGUGGCGAUGCGAAUUGGGGCGCGAGCCAGGGAGUACAUAAUCUGCUUCUCGGGAGCCGGUGGGCUGAUGGGUACAUGUGUAGCGUCGAAUUCGGAAUCGAACAACAGCAUGGACUGAGGGGAUUUUCGGACAUAAGGUCCGGGAGCACUAUUUGACUUGUGCGCCCGGUGGGCGAUAGCCAGGGCACAAGGCGAAAGAACAUGUGUCGAAUUAGGAAACGCAAAGAAGACAUGUUAGAGGGGAGAGCAAGGUCGAGGAAAUGUACAGUCAUGAUAUGUCCCCGUAAUAAUGGUAUUUGUAGGUGCGAUUACCGGUCAAGACAGCUAUGGUUUCUAACGAUGUUGACUGUAUGCAGGAAUGCGCCUGGCACGACGGGACGACGAGGACUUAAGAGUGUGAAGGGAUAUCAAUUUAUGCCCAGGCACGAUCACAGGACUCUCACGAUCGCAGAACGAGGGUGUGAGCGCAAGGAGGAGAUCUGGGGUACCGUUGCUGACACCGAGGACGGCGGGGACAGGCCCCCCGCGAUGCGCAUUCGGACUUCGUGGAAGCUGGAAGCAAGGGGGAGAGGGCCGCGGAAGAACAGGGGCAUGCUGAGGUACCGAGUAUGUAAAAUGGUCGGAAGAAGGUACGUAGAUAGGACAAGGUUCGCCUGUUCGGUGGAUGUCGU